CAGUUUCAAAGAUUUUCUUCACUAAAAGUAAGAAAAAGUCUCUACUAAAUGAGUAAAUACUUGUCUUAAUUAAGGAACUCUUAAUUCAACACAAUCAAGAAACCGAAGCGAGAAACCUUGUGGAACAAUGCAUUGAAGGACACAAUACUGGUCGUCCACUAGACCCAAAAAUGAAGGAGAGAUUUCAGAAUAUUAUUUGGGACAGAGCAGCCUCAAAAUGUGAGGACAACAGACACAGCGAGGCAUUGGAAUGGUACAAUUACUCUCAGACUUUGCUUUCCCCCGGAGAGAGACAGAGUACAAACGCUGGCAAAUUAUACCGGAAUAUCUGUUUCUGUCAUCUUGAACUAAAUGAUCUUGAAAAGGCAAGACAAUCCAUUACUGAAGCAGAAAACAGUGAGCAUGGAAAUCCAUUGAACUCCUAUUUUGAUUUCAAAAUAGCUCUUUACGAGAAAAACAACAGCACAGCUAUCAAAGCUAUGAACAAAAUGAAUGAAAACCGCGAAGAACUACAGAACACAGAUGGCCUCACUAUUCACGAUAUUAUUUGCUUAGCUGCACAAUUGGCUCUCAAGGACAACAAUCACGAAGUUGCAAUUCCAGCCUUAGAAAGCGUGAUCAAACAUUCCCCUGACAACAAACAAGUUAUCACCGCGAUAAGGUACAACUCUUCAAUUUCAUUCAAAUUUCACGUAGGUAGGAAUAGUCUCCAUCAACGCAUUCAGAAAAUCAUUUGCAUGUAUUCUUCUUAGAUGCCUUAUUCGCUUGAAAAUGAGCUUUCUCACAGAAAAA